UUCUAUCUCUCCGAAACAAUAAAUCAGCAAUUAAAAUGGUUUCUUUACACGUUAUAAGAUCAUUUCUUCUUCUUUUCAUUGUUUCUAUUCAUCUUUGUCGCACGACUUCAUCAAGCUCAGAACCAGAAGCUAAUAAUAUUACUAUCGAUGUGAGCCAAGCCUAUAAUCUUAUUCUUUCUGGCUACACUUUUCUUGAUGUCAGAACUGUUGAAGAAUUUGAAAAAGGCCAUGUUGAUUCAGAGAAAGUCUUCAAUGUUCCUUACUGGUUAUAUACUCCACAAGGUCAAGAUAUUAACCCUAAUUUCUUGGAACAUGUUUCAUCUUUCUGCAACCAAACCGAUCAUCUCGUCGUGGGUUGUAAAUCUGGAGUUAGAUCAUUGUAUGCUACCAAAGUUCUUGUUUCUUCCGGCUUCAAGACUGUAAAAAACAUGGACGGUGGUUACAUUGCUUGGGUCAACAAGAGACUACCAGUAAAAGUGGAGCACAAGCAACUCAAAUACGAUGAGCUCUGAUUCAAAUUAUCCAAAUGUAACCACGUUAAUGUUAUAUUGUUUUUUAUAAGCAACUCCUCAUUAACAUGGUUACAUUGCUUGGGUCAACAAGAGACUUCCAGUACAAGUGGAGCACAAAGGAAUUCAAAUACGAUGAGCUCUGAUUCAGAUUAUCCAAAUCUAACCAUGUUAAUGUUAUAUUGUUUUU